AUGCACAGACUCCUUUUGAGGAAGCCGCAGGUUCGGUUUCAAAGUAGAUAUCCAGUGGUACAGAUUGAAGAACUGAAGUCACACACGCUAAGACCAGGCCAAACUGCUACAAUUCCAUUAAGAGACUAUUACGAAUGGAACACAAUGCCCGAUCUUAUGAAGUAUGAGAAGUUUUUCACCAGGAGAAACCCUUUGGCGGGACAAAACAUGGAACAUUUACAGUUUUAUGAUCCUAUCGUAACCCAAUGCAUUGCCAAAUGGCUUUUAGUGGACUAUAAAUUGAAUGCAUAUCCUUACUAUGAUCUUAACAUUGUUAAUGUUUUCACUGAUCUUCGGCAAGCUGUAAAAAUUGCCAAAGGUAUGAUGACUUAUUUUCAAUCGGUCUUAUCUAAGGGAAUGUUUGAAAGGAUUAAAUAUUUUAUUAUACCACUUUACAACGACCAUACUGUGACUACGGAAAAGCUGCUUAAUGGAAUUCCCGGUGAUGUAAGGCUUGUCGAAAAUGCAGCUAUUUUCCCACCAAGUGGAUCCAAUAUUGACAUGGAAAAACCCUUUAGCAUUGAAGAUCCAGUCUACGUGCUUAUGCUUAACGAUAUUAUUAAGAAUUUAUCUCACGAUUUGGUUCGGUUUUCCAAUGAAUUGAACCAAUGGCAACAGUGCUAUAUGGACAUUCACACUGAUGGUACACGUUCCAAGAGGUUUGAUGAAGAUAUGGAUUUUUGGUGCCAGUACAGUUUACGAAUGGUUUUAGAUCAAGAUCAACAUCUGGAAGAUGAAUUUCACGUCCCUACAAGAUUGGUACAACUGUUUGAUAUGCUUAAAAUCUGUGCACCAGAACAUAAAAUGUUUGCCAUUGAUGUUCCUCAGAGGUGGCAGCCUUCAUUUUGGACAAUGGUUAAAUUUUUACUUGGUAGAAAUUCAAUACCGAGGAGCCAAUUGACAGGACCUUCCAUCGAUGAACACACGAUGCAUUUUAUUGCAAACUUUAAUGAAAUUCAAAAAAUAUAUUCAAAUGUUAAUGAAUCUGCUAAAUACUGUGAAGUGGAAGACCUUGCAGAAUUUGUUGAUCAAUGGACGGACCUUUCGGAUGUUGAAAAGCAUUCAACACUGUCAAAAGAUCGCUUAAAUGCCCAAUGGGAAACCAUCCAUUGUAGUAAUUUGGGUGUAAUUCAUACCACCUGA